AUGUCCAGUGAGCUGGAGACGAACAUUGUGUCCGUCGAGCGCGUCACCGAAUAUGCAGAGGAAAUGCAAGAUGUAAGCGAGAUUUCUAAGCACCACAACGUUAAUAGACGCCAUUUAUGGUAAUUUCGAAGACUUUAUUAAUUUUCAGGACUCCGAAUAACCUCUUGGUCUGUCUAUUGAGCCCUUGAGCGGCUGGCCAACGAAUGGGCAGAUCACGUUCGAAGAGGCGUCGUUUUCGUAUCGAUCGGAAAGUCAGACGAUUCUGAACAAUAUCAGCAUCAACAUCAAGGCCAAAGAGAAGAUUGCGAUUGUUGGGAGGACUGGAUCCGGUAAGUUUUUGUGCCAUUACAGUGGCGGAACUGAUCCAGUGGCAAAAAACGUUCCAUUUUUAAUCCGGGAAGUAUCAAAAAAUGUAGCAAAAUGCCUCUCUCUCCAACUAAAAAACUCCGUUUUGAAGGGUGUGCCCUUUCCCUCACGACAAGAGCGGGCUCGCUUCCGAAAUCCGAGCAAAUUGGGGGCCUUUUGCCACAUUUUUGAUACUUCCCGGACGCAAAAUGAUAAGUUUUUUGCCACGGAUCUGGUCCUUCACUGUACAGUCAACCUUCCGCAAAAUCAGCCAAAAAAAGAUCCAAGUACCCUUUUCCCAGCAUAAAAUCUAUAGUCAUGCAUUUCCAGGUAAAAGCAGCUUUGCUCUGGCUCUGUUCCGCCUGCUCGAGCUGAAAUCCGGCCGAGUUCUCAUCGAUAAUGUCGAUCUGUCGACUGUUCCGUUGCCCACUCUCCGUCGACGUCUGACCAUUGUCCCGCAAGACCCGGUCCUCUUUUCCGGAACGUUGAGAAUGAACCUGGACCCCUCGAAGCGCUUCGACGAAGACUUCUUGUGGGAGGCGUUGGAAUUCGCCGGAAUGGGCCAAUUCGUUCAGAGUUUGCCCAGUGGUCUGGACACGGAAAUGACCGAAGGCGGAAGCAACAUCUCCGUCGGCCAACGGCAGCUGAUUUGCUUGGCCCGAGCGUUGUUGCGCAAGCCGAAAAUCCUGAUUCUGGACGAAGCAUCGGCGUCGGUAGAUUUGGAGACAGAUCAAAUGGUCCAUCGGACGUUACGGUAAGAUUUUACACAUCUUUUACAACGACUUUUUUAGCGACCAUUUCAACGACUGCACCGUUUUGACAAUCGCUCAUCGGCUGAAUUGGCUGAGUGAUGUGGAUCGAGUGCUUGUUAUUGAUAAUGGAGCAGUUGCGGAAUUCGAUACGCCAGACAAUUUGUUAGCGCAAGAGGAGUCGUUGUUCAAGGCGUUGGCCAAGGAGGGGGAUUUUGCGAUGCGAUCGCACAAACCGUCAAUCGAAAGGAUGACUCCGCCGAGAGUUGAGGUAAUUUGUUGGUUACAGUUGAACCUCCGAACAAUGAACUUUUUACUAUGAUACUUGUCUAUAACAAAGAUCGUCAGUUGUCAGAAGAGACAAUUCUUGGCCAAAACAGAUCUCACCAGAGAAGUACCUCAAAGCGCGGCGCUUGGAUUUUCAUUAUUUUGCAUACCCUUUGAGCAUAGGUCACGUACCAUCUCCUGAAUGUUUCAGCUCGCGUUUUGCAGGGGCAGCCGAGAUAUUCAACGAUCUUUCCGGCUGAGAGAGUACGCAAAAAGCGGAGAGUGGUCAGAGAGAAAACUCUUUUUGUCCAUACCUUUAUUUGAGCGUCGCAAUUGAAGCAAUUCCCCUGUAAAUGUGUACAACAAACCCUUUCUAUAUAACAGACUUAUUUUUUUGGUUCAUUGAAAUUUUUUAUGCAGAAGCUUUGUAAUACAUAUUCCUUUAUUGUACAAAAAAUAUAUUAUUUUCGCUAAAUUUUUUUUCAGAUAACGCCCGCUGAAGCUGAGGAAGAGGAAACAGAUCUGCCAAAUGAAGAAGAGCCAUUACUGGACGAUGCGGUUGACAAUGAAUCAGUUGGUUCCAAUUAG